AUGUUCAAGUACCGGUCGAAACUCUUGUGUGGAAGCAAGCAAGCCCCAGUAGAAACUCUCGUGUACGCCCGUGUCAGCAUCCUUCACUCUCAAGAUCAAGCACGAUCAGCUGGGACGGAAGGGAAAGCCUGGACCGGCAUUACACACGCAGCCCCUUUCCCCCACUCGCGCGACGCCAGUGUCUGCUUGCCUCAGUCGCUUCGCGCGGUGCCCAAUCGAAUCGCGUUCCCGACGCAGCUGCUGUCGUAA